AACCGGAUGGAUUGGUGUGUUUGGUCCAUCUUUUCCGAUGUUCAUUGAAGGCGGCUCCAAGUACCUUAUCAUCCAGCCACACGAGGAGGGGAGCGGGGCAGGGAAGUUCAGACAUCUCUGUCUCAGAACUAUAACUCAGGGUGCUGAAGCAACACGAGAAUGGUUGACAACAGGACAGUUGAAGUCACCAGUAUCCUGAGCUACGAUGAAGCUAACGGUAUUGUAUAUUUUAUCAGCAAUGAGGAAAUUCCAAGACAGAGACACCUGUACAGUCUGACUGUCAGUAACCCUGAAGACAAGAAGUGCCUUACCUGUAACCUGUGGGACGACUGUGGCUACUACAGCGCCUACUUCAGCAAAAAUGCCUCCUGGUACAUACUCAACUGUCGGGGUCCAGGUGCCCCAAUAUAUUCCCUAAACGAGGCACAAACUGACAACUACGUUCUUCUUCAAGACAACGAGGAACUUCGAACCCUCAUGGACAACACACAAUUACCAGUAAAAAGAUACCAAAAGUUCACAGUUUCAGGCUAUGACCUUUGGGCAGAAAUGUUUCUACCGCCAAACUUUGAUGAGAGGAAGGAGUACCCUGUGCUUUUUGAUGUGUAUGCUGGUCCAUACAGUCAAAAGGUUAAUGAACAGUUCCGUCUGUACUGGACGGCGUAUCUGACCAGUAGUCUGGAUAUCAUCGUGGCCAGUUUCGAUGGCAGAGGGUCUGGAUAUCAGGGGGAGAAAAUACUUCACGAGAUCUACAGAAAAUUGGGAACGGUAGAAGUGGAGGAUCAAAUUGAAGCUGGAAGGCAGUUUCAAAACCUUCAAUAUGUGGACAAAAACAAGAUGGCGAUAUGGGGCUGGUCCUACGGUGGUUUUGUAACAUCUCAUGUGAUUGGCCGUGGAUCAGAUGUGUUCAAGUGUGGCAUCGCGGUCGCUCCUGUAACAGACUAUCUAUAUUACGAUUCUGUGUACACAGAGAGAUACAUGCAGCACCCACAAGAUAAUGAAAAAGGCUACAACGACACGAUUGUAAUGCAUCAUGCGGAAAACUUCAAAAAGGCAAAAUAUCUACUGGUUCAUGGGACAGGCGACGAUAAUGUACAUUUCCAGCACACAGCAGACUUGGUUGAUGCUUUAACCAAAGCAGAAGUAGAGUUUGACUUACAGUUUUACACAGACCAGGACCAUGCUAUACGAAGCACGAGGAAACAUCUAUACAACAAGAUGACCAACUUCCUUAAGGAAUGUUUUGACAUGUAGAGCUGCUCCCCAACAUCACAGGACCAGUACCUCGCAGUAGCGUAAAAUGUCUGUGUACAACAUUGUUGGAGAGGUUCAUCAGUCACGUAUGAGUACGUUGAUAGAAUAAUUCUCCAAUCAGUGACUCUUGAAAACUGGUAAAACACGUACCUCAAAUUUUCGGUGUCUGCACAGUAGUGUCACCUUGAUCACGGAAUGGCCUAGUCUCAUGAGAUCCUACCACUGCGUAUUCCCCAAGGAGGCAGAGGAGGAGGGAGAUCCACACAAGUCUCGGACCUAGGCUUGUGAUCACGCACCGAGACACAGAAAAUUUGAUGGUACAUGUUUUAAGUCACUGAUUGAAGACAUAUUCAAUCAACUUAGUCUGUGUACAAAGAAAGGCAGUGUAGCCUUUCUGAGUUAUAGGGUGUUUUCACAUCAUCAGUACAACUUUUAUCUGCCACAUUGGUUUGAAGUUUUUGUAAACAGUCAUGUCAUUAAGUGCACAUUUGUAGCUCUGACUCAACUAACUAAGCAUCAUAUUCCAAUAUUCUUUGCUUGAACUCCAUGGAAUAUGUUAGGAUUUCUUUAGUCUCAAACAAUGCUAAACCCUGUACAUCUGCCCAGUUGUCAGUUUUCAAUCACUAAGUGAGCUGUUCAUUCUACAAUUGUAUUUGAACAUAAAGACUGUUGUGAAAGGUUUAAUGAACAAUGUUGAAUAAUCAAAAUAAUGAAUAAUGAUUUGAGGAUAAUCCAAACUGUCUCGGGGUAAAUUAGACAGCGUUCUAGCUAGCACCGGGUCCUUCUGUCCUUUGACAGAAUUUUGCUGCUGGGGACAGACAAAAAUUUUGCCCAUUCCGUCCUCUGUGACGGAAAAAAAUCUGCAUAUAAAGAUAUUAAUUGAACCAGGCUGGGUCUAUGAACAUAAUUUGCCCCACAAAAUAAAGGAAAUAGCAUUUCAGAGGGUCUAAGAUUUCAAAAUUUGAGCAUACCCCAGACCCCCCUAGGAUUGCCAUACCUUCAACAGGAUUUCCAUUCAGAAUCCAGGGGACAAAAAAAUUAGGCUGGCUAGAGCAGUGAAGCUUUAUGUAGGCAGACAUGCUGUUGGUUAAUCUUUUGAUAUAUGAACAGUGUGGAUGCAUGUGUAUGGUGUGUUGGCCACAUUUGAAUCAUCGAUAAUUGAAUGAUAACACUGUAACAAUCCCCCGAACAAUGAUGUGUAUAACACAUUGAUUUGUGGUUAGCAGAAUCAAGCUUAGCCUAACAUUUUUUAGGGUAGAAUGGUUAUUGUGACUUACAUGAACAUGUAAUUAGUAUGAUGUUACAUUUUAUAGUUCAUUUAUUUCAUUAAUGUUACUGAGAUUGUCUUGUCUCAUGUGGUGUCAUCAUAAAAGAAGAUUCAUAAAAUAUAAUUGGUGACUACAUUUUCUAUUGUAAUGUUUCCUUAAUACAUGUACAUAUCAAUUUGACUGUGGAAAAAUCAUCCUUAGAUAUUUGAGAUGGUAAAAUAUAAUGUUGAAGUGACCAAAAAUCUACCAAAGUAUGUGAAGAAAUAAGGAGUAUUGUGGGAACCUUUUGCUGUUGAUAGCAUUCAUAAAGUUGUAUGUAGUUUGAUUAGCAUAUAGCACUGUAGCAGUAUACCAUUGUAAAACACCAUUUAUUUGUGUGCAUAGAUUGAUUUAUGUGUACAUCAAGGUAAUCUGGCUACGUAGUUCUGAAGUCCUUAGAAUAUGUACAUGCUGUUUUGAACAUACCAAAUGAUAAGUUUGUUCAGCAGAGAGUGUAAAGUGUCCAUAGAUAAAGAUACUUGAACUUCUCUAUGACAUUGUAUAUAUCACACGUAGCACCCAUUAGCCACAAUUCCUUUACUGUGAGAUACAGUAAAAAUGCAUCAAAAGUACUGUGAGAAAAAUGUUUGAAAUGAACUUGUGAAAAUAAAUGAUAUGUGGUGAUAUUCCAGAAAAAGUAAA